AUGGGGAAAGACAAGAAAAAAGAGGAGGCUGUCUUUCUGAGGAAAAAGAUAACUUUGCUGAGGGCUUUCUCGCUUCUCAUCGGCAGCAUGGUUGGCAGCGGCAUCUUUAUCUCCCCGAAAGGAGUGCUGAAGAACUCGGGCACUGUGGGCUUCUCCCUGGUGGUCUGGUUUGCCUGCGGGCUCCUUUCAAUGUUUGGUGCCUUGUGUUAUGCAGAGCUUGGAACAAGGAUCACCAAGUCUGGAGGACAUUAUAUCUACAUUUUGGAGACGUUAGGGCCUCUACCAAGUUUCUUAUUUCUGUGGGCUGAGUUUUUUGCUAUCAGGCCUGCCAACAGCGCCGUGGUUUCCCUGGCAUUCGGGCGCUACCUGCUGGAGCCUUUUUUUGCCCCCUGUGCAGCCCCUGUUCCUGCCGUGAAGCUCGUCUCUCUCCUGGGGUACUACGCGGUCCUCACCCUCAACUCCUGGAGCGUCUCCUGGAGCGCCCGGUUGCAGACAGCCCUCUCCGUCGUCAAGCUGCUGGCACUCGUGCUCAUCAUCGUGCCAGGGAUGAUGCUGCUGGCCCAGGGCCACACUGAAAACUUCCAGGAUGCUUUUGACAAGCAGUCGCUGGUCCCAGACAAGCUGCCCUUGGCUUUUUACGCAGGCAUGUUCGCCUACUCAGGCUGGUUUCAGACCAGCUUUGUGCGUGAGGAGUUGGUCAGACCUGAACGAAACAUCCCCUUGGCUGUCAUUGUGUCUGUGAUCACCGUCAUUGUGGGGUAUAUGCUCACCAAUGUCUCCUAUUACACUGUCCUGGGAACACAAGAUGUUCUGGCUUCUCCGGCUGUGGCUGUGAGUUUUGUGCAGCGGGCCUGCAGAAGCCUUAUCUCAGUGGUCCCGGUCCUUGUCGCGCUGUCCUGCUUUGGAACCAUGAAUGGAGGAAUCCUCACGUUUUCAAGGACACUGUUUGUGGCUUCCAGGGAAGGGCAGUGGCCUCCUCUCUUCUCCAUGAUCCACAUUCGAAGACAUACUCCCCUUCCUGCUGUCAUGUUAAUGUUCCCUUUGGUUACUACCAUGGUGUGUAUCGGAGAUAUCUACCAUCUAAUGAACUUCUUCAGCUUUUCCCGAUGGCUCUUCAUAGGAUUAGCCACCCUCGGGCUCAUUGUCCAUCGCUGCCGUCACCCAGAGCUGCAGAGCCCGUUCAAGGUCCCGCUCUUCAUUCCUGUCUCUUUUACCAUCAUCUGCCUCUUCGCAGUGGCAAUGUCUUUCUACUCAGACCCCGUAAACAUUAGCAUCGGAUGCACCAUGGUGUUAAGUGGCUUUCCAGUCUACUACCUCGUAAUCCACAGGCAAAUGUCAAACCGCUGCCGUAGCCUGCUUUAUUAUGUUACACAGAAGCUGCAGUUACUGCUGGAAGUAGUUCAACAAGAAAUCAAGACGUACUGA